CUUUGUCGCUUAUUUGCGUUGUCGUCGCGCCUUUGAAAGUCAUCUCAUCUGAAAUAACAACAUCGGAAGUGUUCACGUAACUAAAUACAUGAAUAUAAAUAUUUUUAUAGUCUUUGAAAUAACCAACAGCCUCUUGCGACAAGGCAACGUGACGUAAAAAGUCAAACAGAAAACCAAGAUGGCGGCCUCCGAGAAACAUUUUGUCGAAAAGCUGAAAACAUUCUUGAAAAGGAGUAUUGAUCACCCUUGAAGAAAGCUACUGUUGCAUUUGAAAUGAUUAUUAAAUGCUUUCCAAACGGGAAACUACAGUGUUAGCAUGCCCACAUGCGUUCUCUUCUAGCUGACCUCAAAUAUUGUCAACAUGAUCCUGUCUCGUGUGAAACCGGCUGUGGGUGGAGAGACGGCGGCCAGCGUUGGCGUGAAGAAGAAAAACAAAAGUAAAGUUCCCAGUUUGGAGGAAUAUCUGCAGCAGAGAGACUACCUCGGUGCAUUGACGCUCUUGGAGUUCCAGAGAAAUAUUGGAGAGCAAGAGGAGAAUGCAGACCUCUGGAUUUGCUUCUGCGCCUUUCACUUGGGGGAUUACAAGCGAGCCAUGGAGGAAUACCAGGCACUGACCGCAAAGCCCGACUGUCCUCCUGACGUGUGGGUCUACCUGGGCUGCGCCAUGUUUUUUCUGGGGCUCUAUAAAGAGGCUGAGGAGGCUGCAUUGAAAGCCCCCAAGUCCCCCCUCCAAACCCGACUCCUCUUCCACUUGGCUCAUAAGUUCAGCGACGACGAGAAACUUAUGGACUUGCACCAGAACCUGGAAGACGUGACGGAGGACCAGCUGAGCUUGGCCUCCAUCCACUACAUGCGCUCGCACUACCAGGAGGCCAUCGAGAUCUACAAACGCCUCCUCCUGCAGAACAUAGACUUCCUGGCGAUGAAGGUGUACGUGGCCCUGUGUUACUACAAGCUGUGCUACUACGACGUGUCCCAGGAAGUGCUGGCAGCGUACCUUCUGAACAUCCCCGAGUCCACCAUCGCCCUCAACCUCAAGGCCUGCAAUCAUUUCAACCUGUACAACGGCAAAGCAGCCGAGGCCGAGCUGAAGAACCUCAUCGACAUCUCCUCCUGCUCCUUUGAGUUCGCGAAGGAGCUUAUUAGACACAACCUGGUGGUGUUCCGCGGUGGCGAGGGAGCGUUACAGGUGCUGCCCCCUCUGAUCGACGUCAUCCCCGAGGCUCGACUCAACCUCGUCAUCUACUACCUGAGACAAGAUGAUGUACAGGAAGCGUACAACCUCAUACAACAUUUAGAUCCUGCCACGCCUCAGGAGUACAUUUUGAAAGGGGCGGUCAAUGCCGCGCUGGGGCAGCAGUUUGGAACGAGGGACUACUUAAAAGUGGCCCAGAAGUUUUUCCAGUUGGUCGGAGGCUCAGCCAGCGAGUGCGACACGGUUCCUGGGAGACAAUGCAUGGCUUCCUGCUUCUUCCUCUUGAGAGAGUUUAACGACGUUCUCAUAUAUCUCAACUCAGUCAAGGAUUACUUCUAUAACGACGAUACAUUCAAUUUCAACUACGCGCAGGCCAAGGCAGCCAUUGGCAACUUCAAAGAGGCCGAGGAGAGUUUUCUUCUGAUUCAGAGCGACAAGGUCAAAAGUGACUACGUGUACCUCAGCUGGCUGGCCCGCUGCUACAUCAUGAACCGGAAAGGUCGUCUGGCCUGGGAGCUUUACUUGAAGAUGGGAACUUCCGCUGACUCCUUCAGUCUGCUCCAGCUCAUCGCCAACGACUGCUACAGGAUGGGCCAAUUCUACUAUGCGGCCAAAGCGUUUGAUGCCCUGGAGAAACUGGACCCGGGUUCCAACUACUGGGAGGGCAAAAGAGGGGCUUGCGUUGGCAUCUUUCAGCUCAUUUUAGCCAACAAGGAGUCCAAGGAGACCCUUAAGGAGGUGGUGCUGCUGUUGCGCAAUUCCGGAAACCCGCAAGUGGAGUACAUCAUCCGGACCAUGAGGAAGUGGGCCAAAGAUAACCGAGUCUUCCUCUCGUGAGCGACCCUUGCCAACGCGGCGCACACGUCGGCGACCGGUACACAUUUCAAGCCAACAUUCUGACAUCGGCUGUGUUCUCAAUAGACUGCUGGUUUCUUUUUUAAGUUUUUUUUUUUUUUUUUUUUUUUUUAGCAAAUACUAUGGAUGCAUUUCAAUUUUGAGGAUCAAAUGCAUUUUAUUGUUGUUAGUGCUGAGUGUUCAGCGUAUGGAGAUUAAAAAUAACACGAUUUAUAAACGCCGACUGAGCAUUUUUAUUAGAUGCAACCAAAUGAGAUCCAAAAAUCCUGCAUUUACAAAGUCAAUGAUGGACAAUAAAUUAUUGUUUUUCUAUUUUGUAUUUGGUAGGCAUAUUUUUGGAGAUUUUGUCAUACUGCAUAAAAUAAAAGUAAAAGCUGAUGUGUAAGUAGAUAAAAUAUACUCCCAUGUGUAAAUCACAGAAGCCGGAGGAAUUGAGAAUAAAUUGUAUUAGUCUAUUAAAUAUAUGAAUGGGCUCAUUUUAUUAAUUUACAGGCUGGUGUAGACUAUGUGCACUAUAAUCUUUGUUUUAUUCAUUCAUCUUUUUUACUAGCUGUUUUCAGACUGCAGGUGUGCAAAAUUGUAAUUAUUUUAUUAAGGCUUUAUUAUCCCAGGCUGGCGAGUGCAAAGUUCCAAUUGCAAGUCACACUUUUCGUAAAUGAAAGUUUUGUCGAAUUUAAUGUCAUUGUGAAUUAUUUUAGGGAUUUUAUUUGAGGUUUAAAUGUAAAUGAAUUGCUGCACUGUGGGAGGAAAAAGGAAAUAAAA